AUGCCUUCCCUUCCCCCAAGGGAGAAUUUAUCCAAGAUAAUGUACUUGGAUAAUCAUCCAAUUUAUUCAACCAAUGUGCAGCUUUUAGAUGAACGCCGUACAGUUUAUCGCUUCGCACUUGACCCGGGCUCAUAUCGACACUCAAUUCCCCAGACUGUCACAUCAGUCAUUGUCAAACAGCAAAAGAAUAAUUGGGAGAAAGAAUUUUGGAAUGAGAAAGCAGUCUACGACAAAUUGAAAGAGCUCCAAGGAAAAGUGAUUCCCUUCUUUUUCGGGCAAGGUUAUUAUGAUGGACUCCCAGCACUUGUAUUGUCCGAGAUUGAUGGUGUUACUCUCUAUGAACUGGCCCGCAGUAAGAACGACUUUCCUGCAGAAGCUUUGAAGACUUAUCUCGAGGAUGUCUUUCGUCAGUUUUCGGAAUAUGGUGCUUUGUAUCGAGAUCAGAGAUUGGACAAUUUUCUACUCUGUGAUCAGGGCAGCCAACGAUCCAGAGUGAUGGUUGUUGAUCUUGAACAAGUCGAUUUUCCUGAUCGCCUUCACCCCUGGGAAAGACUGAUUAACUCGGACGGUGCAAUGUCUAUAAUGCAAGAUUUUGAAGAUAUGCGGUAUCCGCAUCGUGAACCAUCUCCUGUACGAAUCUGGCGGGUUAGCGGAUGA